AUACGCUGAUUUGCGAUCACGUGUAUACAAAAUUCAACAAGAUUAUAUUACAAUGAAAGAGAAAUGUGAAUAUUAUAAGAAUCUUCGCGAUAAUCUGGCACCAUUAAAUAAAUCAACUAUACAACAAAAUUUAGUUGCAAAAAAUUCGCCUGUUGUCAACGAAAUUAAUAAAAUGAGGAUAUUAUUACCAAAACUAUUAAGUACAUUACAAAGAAAAUCGGAGUUUCUCGGUAGAAAACUUGAUAAGAAUUUAAAAUCCGAAAGCCAAGAUAGUGAAAACUUUAGAAAUACUCUUGAUAUUGUCAAAGACAUGUUCGAAGCCGAAGAGUAA